AUGGCCAAUGUCCUAGUCUUAGUGUUAGCCUUACUCCAAGUGAGUUCUUUGGCAGUUCUUGCUAUAGAGGUCAGUACUCACCACCAUAGUCAUCCUCAUUACCUACCUACCCCAACCCAUGCUCCCGCUCAUCCACCAUCUUCCUAUGAUAUUCAUUCUCCUAGUCUAGAUAAUCAUCAUAAUAAACAUCCUCCCCAUCACCCACCUACCCCAAGAGAGGCCCCUAUUCAGCCACCGUCUCCAUCCUCCAUUCCAUCUAAGAGCCUAGAUCAUCCACACAUUGAACAUCACCAUCACAAUAAACAUCCUCCCCAUCACCCAUCCACCCCAAAAAAGGGCCCUAUUCAGCCACCGUCUCAAUCCCCCAUUCCAUAUAAUAACCUAGAUCAUCCACACAUUGAACGCAGACCACGUCCUCGUCACCCACCUACCCCAACCCCUGCUCCUGCUUAUCCACCAUCUUCCUAUGAUAUUCAUUCUCUUUGUCUAGAUCAUCAUCACAAUAAACAUCCUCCCCAUCAUCCACCUACCCCAAGUAAGGCCCCUAUUCAGCCACCGUCGUCAUCCCCUACUCCAUCUAGUAGCCUAGAUCAACCACACAUUGAACGCAUACGUCGUCCUCGUCCUCGUCACCCACCAACCCAUGCUCCUGUUCAACCACCAUCUUCUGUGGAUAGUCAUUCUCUUCGUCUAGAUCAUCAUCACAAUAAACAUCCUCCCCAUCACCCAUCUACCCCAAUAAAUGCCCCUGUUCAGCCACCGUCUUCAUCCCUCAUUCUAUCCAACGGUCUAGAUCAUCCACACAUUGAACACCACACACCUCAUCCUCAUCACCCACCAACCCCAGCUCCUGUUCAACCAGCAUCUUAUUAA